AUGCCUCCGCUCGACAUGUCGUCCAUCACGCUCCAGUACUUCCCCAUCCAGGGCCGCGGCGAGCCGAUCCGCCUCCUCCUCACCGACGCCGGCCUCGCCUUCACCGAGUCGAACGACACGUCUGCCUUCUUCGCCAACAAGCACGACCUCGCCCAGUACCGCUUCGAGCAGCUCCCGCGCCUGAGCGUGACGCGCGCCGACGCCGACUCGGGCGCCGAGCCUGAGGUGGUGGUGCACCUCGCGCAGCAGGGCGCCAUCCUCCGGUUCGUCGCCAAGGUUGCGCGGUACGGCGAGGGCGCGACAGUGUGGCAGGAGGCGGUCGUCGAUAUGCUCCAGGACGCGUGCGAGGACCUCAACAGCGCGUACACGAGGUGCAUCUACGGCAAGGACGCGCCCUCUCUCCUCGCCGAGUUUGUCAAGACGACGGCGCCCAAGGCCCUCAAGCAGUUCGAGUACCUGUUUGCGACCAACAAAAGCGAGGCAGGGUACCUCGUGUACGAGCAGCCCUCCUUCGCCGAGUUCCACCUCCUGUACCUCGUCCACGCCCUGCGCAAGCUCGCGCCGUCGAUCCUCGACGCGUACCCGACCCUCGCGGCGUGGGAGGCGACGAUGCGCGCGCGGCCGGGGCUCGCGAAUUACACGCCUCGGCACGAGAUGCUCAACGGGAACAAGAACGGCCAGGAGGCGCUCGCGUUGUGA